CCCACUUCUCGCCUCCUGCACCUGUUCUGGCAGUUCGUUGCUUGACUACUUCUUGAGGCUCUGCCUCCUUCACCGACGUUCUCUAAGUCAAGCUUUUCUCUCAGCGUCUACAAUGGCCUUUCUCUGAGCGACAGUUUCCCAGCUCUUCGAGACGUGUCGCCUAGUCGCGUGCUCGGUGUCCCCUCGUUGACGAGCUCGCGCUCAGCUCCUUCUUCCUUAAGGUGCCUGUGUGUAUUGUUACCUUAUGGCAGCAGUAUUCAUACCCCCAUCGCGCGAAACCUCCGUGAACAUGUCGACCCGCCGUCCGCUUGCAAACGUGCCGAAUGCAACCAAUUCCCCUCACAGAGUAGGCCUCGUGCCUGCCAAACGUCCCCGGACGACCAGUGCACAGAUUGACAUCCCUUACGGCCAGCCUCCUCCGAAGAAACAGGUUGUGGACGGGGCCGGCGCGGAGAACCAGCCUAUGAGCCAGACCAAGUUCGCCGCCCUACAAGGCACGGAUCCAAAAUUGUUUACCCGCAAGACGAACAAUGCUCAGCCGAGUGCAUUUGAGAAGAAGCUGGUGGCUGCUAGGGACAAGGAACGGCAGCCUCAAAAGGCCACAAAGCAGGAGAAGCCGCCCGCAGAAAAUAUCUCGAUCAGGCAGUGGCAGAGGCACUAUCGGAAGGCUUUUCCCCACUUUGUGUUCUACUUUGACGCCGUUCCAAUUGAUGUUCGCAGCAAAUGCUCACGACAGGUCAUUGCUUUGGGAGCGCGUGAAGAAAAGUUCUUCUCCCGUCUAGUAACCCAUGUUGUUACAUCCCGACCAAUACCCCCCGAGAUAGACAGGCGAGCACAAACGGGGCACACCCAGGAUACACCAAAUGAGUCUGCUGGGGAUGGUGCUAUGCUGCAAACAGUCAAUCCUGCUGAAUUGGAAAUGCAUUUACACUUAGCCGUUUGUCCUAAGCGUGAACAAAGCCAAGAUGUCCUGCAUCGAGCUCGGGAAAUGGGUAUGAAGAUCUGGGCCGUAGAGAAGCUGCAGCGCAUGAUUGCCACGAUCAACGACAUAGAUCUUACUAAUGGGAGUGGCCAUUCUACACGGAAUAAUGCCGCCGGGUCUCAGACGAAGUCCAGAGGAAAAGAUGAUCUCUCACAAGUUCUCCAGAACGAACUGAACGGCCCCUCUGACCGAAGUCAUCUAUCUGUGCUCAAAGACUUGGUACCAUUCAAGGGCCCUUUUAUAUACGUACAUGACAUGGAUGAAAAGACACGACCCGUCAUGGUUCGAGAAUAUCCUAAAGUUGCAAGACGACAAGACGGCGUGUGGCCGCAGUUCAGGAGUGCUCCGCUCGGCAAGUGCCCGUUUAUCGAGGAUGUGCCCUCUAAACGAGAGAUUGAAAGACAACGAGCUCGUCAGGAGAAAGAGAAGAAAGAAUUUAUCAAACCUGCAGUGCCUCAAUCUAAACACACCGCGGUGGAACCUCGAAACGAGGAAAACUUGCCGCUCAAAAAAGAAACGAGUCCUGCCGAGGGAGAUGAGCUCGCCCCGCAUUGCACCAGGCAAGAGACUCCGGAUGCUCCUCAAGGGCUUCCCUUGUCUCCUAAAAAGAGCUCAGAGAGCUUUAUUCCACCACAGCUUAACCGCAAAGGCCCGUUCUAUCAUGGCCGGGAACCAGCCGCCUCAGGCGUACAACCUUCAAACAUCACCUCUGCCAUUCGUUCUCAAAUGGUCUCCUCGACGGCUGCUGCGCCUGGCGCAAAGGCCGGUCUCAGCAAAGAAGUCCAUGAGUUGAAACGCAAAGUGCUUGAGAAGAGUCACGUCGGCUACUCGACUAACGUCGCACAGCCCUACCGGGCUUUGGAUACGGCUACGGCCGAGAGGACAGAAAAGACCAACAGUUGCAAAUCAAGUCGGCCUGACAAGCUCGGCAACAUUGAAGAGGAGACCACACAAUCAGAAGCAACAGACUCGACAAAAUCCAGGACGAUUCUCCGUAAGAGCGGAGAGCAAAGAAAGAAAGAAAGACGAAGAGACCCAAAGCCAGGAUACUGUGAGAACUGUAGGGAUAAGUUCGACGACUUUGAUGAGCAUAUAAUGACAAGAAAACACCGCAAAUUUGCUGCGAACAGUGCCAAUUGGGCCGAGCUAGACUCAUUACUGUUCCAGCUGGAACGACCGCUCAAGGAUGAAUACGAUUAUGUCUAGUAUACCCGGCUCUUCGAAUCGCAUGAUGGCUACCAUGUAUACAGUGCAUCUCAACGCCAGCCCAAUCAUGACCUGCCUUUGCCUUCCGGUCCCGGUCAAGAUUAGCCGUGAUUCUGCGUGUUUACAGCCACCAGCGGCAUGGUCGAUGCGAGCAGCGUGAGCUUUGAUAGAUUUUGCAUUUGAUGGCCUGCGUUCGCUGAUAUGCAUUUGCUCUUGUCGGUGUUUUCUUCGUUGAUUUACCUCCACGUUUAUUGCGGUCGAUUUCUACCAUAUUCCAUGUUCUACGGAACAGUGUCAUAGCAAGGUGUUCUUGGAUUUUUGUUCUUGCUUUAUAAUUCCGUUUUCCGGACUCAUUUGCUCAAAACUCCGAUGGGUUCGCAACUCGAAUAUGGCAUAGCCAUCAAGAUGCGACUCUGAACCUGUUGGGCAAUGGCUGAGGAUUGGGAGGUGACACAGAACUUCCAACAUUUGUGGGAUGCUCUGCAUCGAUCCAGCAGCCCUUAAUCCAACUGACCCUACCUCGCUUACUUCUUCACAUCUCUUGCAUUGCCAUCCUCCAUUGGACAAUUGCAGUCCUCAUACACCUUAACUCAAUCAUUUUCUCUUAUUCUCUUAUUAUUUUCGGUCAUGGGCGGAUGUUUUUCUCGGGGUUGCAUGAAGCCGACUACUUGGAUCGGUACGGGCGGGUGUUGUAUUUUAUUGUCUUUGAGGGGGAUGCCUUUAUUUUUGCUUCUGGGGUCUUAUAUAAGAACCUCUGAUCCCUUUUUUUUCAAGUGUCUAUCUUUUCUUCUCGGUAGAGUAUUUAACUUGCCUUGUUUAUUCCCUCUUAUCUAUAGCGUGGGGAGAUCAGGUCGAGUGACUGGGCGAUGGGUUGUGCAGCAUGUGCUUAGGGAGUAAGCUUGUUGGACUACAAUCAGAUAGCGGUUUGAGGGGAAUCUAAGACUACUCUAUUU